AUGCGCGGUCUACCCAACGGAGAGACACUAAACGGCGGUAUGGACAAGCUCAAGGCUGUCGGCCACGAUGUGGCGAACCGGUACUAUCGCCUGAGCAGGCGAGGGAAGAUUGUUAUAUGGGGUAUCGUAGCGACCACUAUCGCGAUGAUCCUGGCGAUCAUCAUCAUCACGCCACAUCGACUCGGCCAGUGGUUCAAUGAGCUCGCAGUCUGGAUACGCGAUCUAGGACCGGCAGGGAUGGCUAUAUGCUGCUGUAUGGUCGUCAUUGCAUCGCAUCCACCGCUCUUUGGGUUUUCGGCGAGCAUGACCCUCAUCGGAUUCGCAUAUGGGAUAUGGCCAGGCUUCCUGCUCGCGUCCUUCUCAUCCAUGCUGGGCGCUAUGGUCGCUUUCGUAUCUGUCAGGCGCUUCUUCCCAGGCAUGAUCCGGUCGAACCCCAAGUGGGAUGCCUUUGCGCGGGUCAUGCGCGAAAAGGGCACCGUCCUCAUCUGUAUGAUCCGAUACUGUCCAUUACCCUGGGCAAUGGGGAAUGGGCUGUUCGCGAGUAUAGAAAGCGUCAAGUUGUGGCAGUACAUGCUGGCCAACUUGCUCAUUCAACCCCGACUCCUCAUACCCGUAUUCAUCGGAUCCCGCCUCACCUCCCUCUCCGAUCCCGACGGCGAAGACUCGGCCCACUUUUGGCUGAACGUCAUCUCCAUCGGACUCUCCAUGACGAUAUCCACCGGGACCGGGAUCUGGAUCUACAAGCUCACGCUGCGGCAGAUGAAGAAGCUCGAGGGAAGGGCAGGCGAGGAGGCGGUCGAGGCGCUGGAAGAGGGGUUCCUGAAUGGGUAUGCGGACCAAGGCGGACCUGAGCUGGAGGAGGAGGAACCGCUCGUCCCGACACAAAGAAGGGAGCGGCCGGAUCGGCCAGAGGGCAUUAUUCGGCGGUCGAGCUCGAUGGGGGAGAGCGUAUGA